UGUAUGGCACCCUUUAUUGCAGAGUGGUGUGCUAUGUAUAAUAAUUCUUAUAUAAGCAAGACAGUAAUGGCUGAAGAAAUCAAAAGUGUAAUGGAAGAUUUCGACAGAAGAAAAGAAUCCGAGAAAAAUGGGAGCACAGAGCCAGAUGAGGACGGUUGGGUUACUGUAGUCAAUACGAAAAAGAAGCCUCGACAAGUAAAAGUUGACGAAUUGAAACAGAAGAGGAAUAGAAAGAAGAAAAAGCAGCAAAAGUUGGUCAACUUCUACAGUUUCCAGGACAGACAGACAAAAAUGGACCAUCUUGCACAACUUCGGAAGAAAUUUGAGGAAGAUAAGAAGAGGAUAACUCAAAUGAGGACAUCAAGAAAUUCAAACCAUACUGAAGCAGUUGGCGAAUCGGAGUAUAGCAUUGUGGAUGACAGGAUCUAUUAAAUCUUUAUCACUGGU